UUUAAAUAAAUCACUCAAACUAUUUAUUCCUUCGUGUUUUCAUUCAGAAGCCAUUUGUUUGGGUUCAAAAGUGGUUACUUAGCAACCUAUGAAACAAACACAUUAGCAGACAGCUAACAGCCAAUUGUUUUACGCUCAGAGAUGUGUAUGGUUCUGGGAAUGGAUCGUUUACUUAGCGAUAAGGAAGAGCGGGAUACGUUUACCUGGAUAGAUAAAAUACCUUUCUCCAGGUCCAUAAGAAACGUCAGCAGGGACUUCAGUGAUGGAGUGAUGGUUGCGGAGAUUGUUGAGCAUUAUUUCCCAAGGAUUGUUGACGUUCACAACUAUAUUACUUCCUGCAAUACGCAGCAGAAACGCAACAACUGGAACCUUCUCAACAAGAGGGUGUUUUACAAGCUGGACUUUUACGUCUCAGAGGACAUGGUGGAGAAGAUUGUUUCAAGCACUUCUUGUGUGAUACUGCCAGUGCUGUUUUCCCUCAAGCAGAAGUUAGGGAAACUGGCGUUUUCAGAUGUAGAAAUUCAAAGGGCCGAACCAGGAAUUAUGGCUCAACUGGCAGAGAUGAAGAUUACAGAUCCAACAAAGAAACCGCAUAAAGGGAAAUUUACCCCAGAGACGAGCCUUUUAGCAAGCCGGAAAGUCAUGGUGGAAAAAGAACUUCAGGUCCUGGAACUUCAGGAUAUUCUGAGGGACGUUCAGGUAAAAGUGAGGAAGUUGGAGAAGGUGAUUCAAUUGAAGGACAAGCGCAUUGAACAUCUGACAAGUCUUCUACCAAAGUAAAAUACAGCUAACCUGUCUGUGAGUCACUACGGGCUCAGCAGACAAAAACCUUGGUGGUUUUUUUUUGUCUUUUGCCACAUCUGUAUUUGUUUUAAGAUGUAAUUAUUAAAGAAUAACUGCAUGACCAUUCUUCCUUUUAUUCUAUAUCAUUUCAAACACAUUUGGCUCUAAAUUAUGAUAAAUUAUUUUUUUUAAAUAUAUAAGUUAUUAGAUACUGUAUAUGCAAAACUUAUUUGCAAUAUUAUAAAUGUUUUAUUUUAGCUCCUUUCUUCCCAUUACCAUUUAAAAAAAACAAUUCAGUAUGAGACAACCACAACCUUAGGAAAUCCAAAAUGAAGUUUCCAAAUAAUGAUUUAGUUUCUUAAGGGAAAAAAAAUAUCCAAAUAAUCUGACUGGUUGUCCCAAAAUUAAAAUACUAAAGAUUUUUAUGUAACUGGCAAUUAGUCAUAUUAUGUUGCUGCAGUCCCAUUAAUUUUGCAUUAUUGAGAGCUUUGGACAUAAAAGAAGAGUCAAAGCAAUCUUUUCCAGAUUGAUAGAUGUGAAUGAUGUGUCUCAUUUGAUCUUGAAUAUCUUUAGGACACAGUUGAAAUUCAGGUGUAGCAAUUUAUAGCAGAAAUAUUGUGCAGUUAUUAGAAAAAGCCAAAUCAGACUCACGAUCUAAGGGAUGUGCAACUGAGUCGGAUCACUUUUUCAAAACUGUACAUUUUUGUGCAUGUUCAACAAUGCAAUUAAAAAAAUAUCUUCAUAUUA